UAAUCCUCUCGCCAUAGUCAGAUUGAGUAUGGGGGACCGCAACGAGAACGGUCGGGUCGUCAUGAUCGUGCGGGCCAAUUCGCCGCGCCGCAACGACGGACCUGGCGGCAGUCCGGGCGGUAGUCCUGGCGACCCGUUGGCGUUGAACCUGGGGGCUAUGGAGGCGGACUGGAGACAGCAGCAGUUCCAGCGUCAGCGCAUGCAGCUGCUCAGUAUGGCUAUUUUCCUGUGCUUCCUCGUCCUCUUCUUCGACAACCGCGCGGGGGACGCGCGGAACGCCCGUCACAGUCGAGGAGUCACCGACGGCGCUGGUCAUAACCGCUACUCGCUGCCUCAGAACGCCUUUAAUGAUACAGACAGGGUCCAGAAGGUGCACGAAUUAGAAGCGCUGCUCCAGACGCAACCAGGCUACAGACACAAUGAGCCACCACUUAACGUUACCGGUAUCUACUCGGGCACGUGGGAUUCGUUGCUGGCCGAGGAGUACGACGCCAAUAAGCCCGUAUACAAGGACAUUAUCCCGUACCUUAAGGUGGAUCGAGAGAUUCAAUUACAGCAGUACACACAACCAGUGGAGAAAGGUCAUACGUGGCUGUUUCUUAAGAUGAAGACACCGGCAUCCAAAGAGCUUAUUAAGGAGGUGGCAUAUAUUACGGGGCAAUUGGUAAUUUACGAGGAACAGGCGUCUCUAGCGGCUACAAUUCUUCCAGUACAGGGCGUUUUCCUUCGGAAAUUGGCUAAGUUGACGCUGUUUGGCAAUAGUCCGGACUCGAGUGUGCAAAUUCUGUAUCGAAAAGAAAAAAGUGGCGAGAAUACGACCGAAGUGGAGGAAUUAACGGAAGCUCCGUCACAGGAGGAAGAUGAAAAGGCCAAUCUGGAGCGACUACCGAGACAACCGAGAGCAGAAUUGAUGAAUCUCGGUGUGUUGGAUGGCGUCCCGGCCGUGGACAAUAGGGACGAGUAUGCGGCGAUUGAUAUCUCGCCGCCGAGAUACUCGUACGUCUCGCGGUUCAGGAGUAGUGACUCGUUCAGUGACCAGUGUGUGAGUAUUGUGGAGAUGUCGCUGGUUAAUGACACGAGCAAACCCACAAGAAAAGGAGGAGAAGAUGAUGAAGAUGAUGAUGCAGCUACGGUAUUGCAGAAGUCGAUGCGUCACAUGAAGCUGGAAGGCACGCUGGCUAGUGUGAACUGUGGACUGUAUUUGAAGCUAGACACGACGUUUCAAGAGGAGAACUUGAAUGUUUUCUUUGCGAAGGCUUCUCGUUACGCAGUGAUCAUGACGUUUAUUGCUAUGGCGGAGAUCUACUUCUUGCUACGUCAGCUGCAGAUUUCGAGCACACAGGCGACGGCAGCGAAGGUUUCGCUGUUGACUAUUGGACAACAGGCUAUUGUGGAUUCGUACUUGUGCUUAGGCCACUUGACUGUGGGCAUCGUGGCGCAGAACGUGUUUGCUGCGUUCGCGUCGGUCGCGUUCGUCAAGCUUAUAAUCUUCUCGGUGUUUGAGAUGCGCUAUCUGCUGAUCAUUUGGAAGGCGCGAAGACCGCAGGGAUUCUCAGAAGGCUGGCUGACGUUGCGGCGUGAACUCACGACGCUCUACUCGCGGUUUUAUCUGUCACUGCUGGCUGGACUCUGCAUCUUCUAUAAUUUCUCGAAUCACUUGCCCGUGCUGGUCUUUAUUUGCUACUCGUUCUGGGUCCCACAAAUUGUCCACAACGUUCACAGGGAGGUGCGGAAUCCAUUUGACCUGGGAUAUCUGUACGGCAUCAGCGCGUUGCGUUUGUUCCUGCCGCUGUAUUUCUAUGGCUGUCCGGAUAACUUCCUCACAGCGUUCCCGAUGUACGAGAGCAAGAUUAACCCGCACUUUUGCUAUGUGCUGGCGGGGUGGAUGGGACUGCAGGUGGGUAUCCUGGCACUACAGCAGCGGUAUGGUCCGAGAUUCUUCGUGCCUGCGCGGUUCCUGCCCGUGAAGUAUAACUACGAGCGACGCAUCAACCUGCAGCAAUUGGCACUGCUUAAAGACGGCGACAACUCGAUCGACUGCGUGAUCUGUAUGGUGGAGUUGGAUAUCGAAGCCCGCGACUACAUGAUCGCACCGUGCGACCACAUUUUCCACCGCGAGUGUCUGCAGGGCUGGAUGGAGGUCAAGAUGGAGUGUCCAACAUGUCGACAUGUCCUACCAGAGCCCUAGGCUGAGGUGAGCCCUCAACGACGUCUGUUUGUCCAUCACUGAAAAGGAGGGCGGAACAAACAAACAGAACGACGAGGGCAAAAACACGGGGAGACGAGGAGGAGCCAAGCUUUUGACGGCAGUCACAAUGCGCGACCAGCACAAAAGAUGGGCCGAAGUGGCUCACUUUCUGCGCAACUUUUCAUCUUAAACGUCAUGCUGCUGCUCGUGCAUUUGACAUGAAGGGUAACGUUGCGCUGCCACCUCAUUCUUUUCCGGUGAACAUAUCGAUAGUGUAGGUUGGUUCGUCUUUCUUCAAUACAGUCGCAAGAAUAUCUAUGAAGACAGCAACGUCUUUCAUCUUACAUGCAGCAGUUGUGUCACGCAUGACUGCGAGCUUGAAGCUUGAGCGUCCGAAGAGUGACAUGCUCUCCGCGCUGCAUUUGAGGCUGAGAGGCGAUGUAUGUUGGCUGUCCAACGACUAAGGUCGGCGCUGCUGUCCCACGCCGGUCAGCGCUCGCUGUGCGGCGGGGAUACCCUCGUAAAGUCGAGCAGGCAGUGAGUCCAUGUAUACAGUUCACUUGACUUG